UUUUUUUUGAUUGAAUGGAUUCAUCUAAUUCGUAUACGAAAAACGAUACGAAUACAACAUUAAUUGUUGAUGAUAAACAAUCGCUCAAUGAUAAUAAUUCGUCCUUUCAUCAUCAAAAUCAUCAUCAUAAUCAACAUUAUUACGAUCAUAAUUUUCAUUAUUAUUAUAAUCAUCAACAUCAACAAAAUACAUCAUUAAUGCAUCAAACAAGCGGCAAUAAUAUUAAUUCUAAUUCUAAUUCUAAUAACAAUAAUAAUAAUAAUAAUAAUAAUAAUGGCCAGACUACAACGGUGGCAUCGGCCAAUAUUGCAACGAUAGCCACCGGUAUAACGGAAAAUCCACGAACAUUAUAUGUUGGUAAUCUAGAUCCAUCGAUUAAUGAAAAUUUUAUACAUACAUUAUUUUCACCAUAUGGCCAUAUUGUUGGAUUAAAAUUGAUUACCGAUAAUCAAAAUGAUCUUUAUUGUUUUAUCGAUUAUGAUGAUCAUACGUCUGCAGCUACAGCCAUUGCAACAAUGAACAAAAGAUUAUGUUUAGAUCGUGAAAUAAAAGUUAAUUGGGCUUCAAAUAGUAGUGGUGGUGCUAGUGGUGGCCAAAAAGCUGAUACAUCAAGACAUUUUCAUAUAUUUGUUGGUGAUCUUAGUCCUGAAAUUGAAACACAACAAUUACGUGAAGCAUUCGUUGUAUUUGGCGAAAUAUCAGAUUGUCGUGUUGUUCGUGAUUCACAUACAUUAAAAUCCAAAGGUUAUGGAUUCGUUUCGUUUGUUAAAAAACAAGAUGCUGAAAAUGCUAUUGCCGGUAUGAAUGGCCAAUGGUUAGGCCAUCGUCCUAUACGCACAAAUUGGGCAACUAGAAAAAUGUCUUCAUUAAAAGGAUGUGCUAGUGGAAGUGGAAUUGGUAGUAUUGCUAGUAUUAGCGGUAAUGAUAAUAAUUUGGUGAUAGGACCGAAUGUCAAUAAUCGUACAAUGAAAUAUGAUGAAGUUUUCAAUUCAUCUAGUAUAACAAAUUGUACCGUUUAUUGUGGUGGUAUAAACAACGGUUUAACCGAAGAAUUGAUGCAAAAAACAUUUUGUCGUUUUGGUACGAUUCAAGAGAUUCGUGUUUUCAAAGAUAAAGGCUAUGCAUUCAUUAAGUUUACCUGUAAAGAAGCAGCUACAAAUGCAAUCGUUAUAAUGAAUAAUCAAGAAAUUUUAGGACAAACGGUGAAAUGUUCAUGGGGUAAAGAAUCGAAUGACAAUAAUACAUCCAUGACAAUGAUGGGAAUGUCGGCCACAAAUUCGACCAAUUUAAAUGCUGCGGCGGUAGCAGCAGCUGUACAAGCAAAUUUAGCCGCUGCAGCUGCAUCAACGCCUUUGAUAUAUCCAUACGGACAUCAUCAUCAGCAACAAUUGUCAUAUUGGUAUCAACCGACAGCGUUUCAAGCUGCCGCUGCUAUUCACGGUGGUCAUCCACAAACAAUAUCUGCAACUCAACAACCAUCUGCUGGAAGUAAUCAUCAUCAUCAUCAUCCGCAUCCACAUCAUCAGAACCAAUAUACCACCGUCCAAACUAAUGCUACCGGUCUACAAUAUCCAUAUAAUCAUCAAUAUUAUUCUUCAAUGGCAGCAGCAGCAGCAGCCGGUCAAACACCUAGUGCAGCAACUGCUGGUUUUAAUUCAUCACAAAUGGCCAUACCAAUAUCGGCUGGUUGGACAACAGCAGGUACAUUGACCAAUAAUUCAACAUCAGUACAAUUAUCUGGAGCAGCAGCGGCGGCGGCAGCAGCAGCAGCUUCUGGUUAUCCAACAAUUCAAGGAUAUCAGGCUCAAUGAUGAUGAUGAUGAUGAUGAUGAACAUCAACAAAAGAUAAAAAAAAGCCAUAAUCAAUUUUAGAUUAUCCCAAAAAAAACGUACAAAAAUCAAAUGUUCAAAUUUCCAAAACAGAAAAAAAAACAAACUUACCCAUUAAUAAUGUGUCAGAAGAAUUUUGAGAUCACAUACAUCCACCCACUCACAUACACACACACACACACACACACACACAGUGAUCAAAUAUCAAUGAAUCGAUUCGAAAUUGGAAUUCGAACAAAUCAAAUCUCAUCAAAUUGGUGAUAUUCCAUGUUUAUGGUAAUAUAAAUUAAAAAAAUUUUUUUUUAAACUUAUCAACCGAAAAUCAUCUCAUUUCUCGAUUGAUUGAUUAUUGAAUAAUGAUGAAAUUUGACACGCUGACACUGACACAAUGUAUGUGUAAUUUUUUUUUUAUAUACGGAAGAAACAAAAAACAAAACAAAAAUCAUUGUGAUCAAAACAAACGACAAAAAAAACAAACACGAAAAUUUUUUUUAAUUGUGCAUUUCUUUUGCUGUAAUUCCUUAUCCACCAUCUAAUUGUUUUUUUUGUCGUCGUCAUCAUCAUCAUCAUCAUUUUUUUUUUGUUUUUCGCUGUGUACAUGAUGAAUCGAUAUGAAUCGUGAAUGUAAUAAAAGAGAUACGCGCACAGUAAAAAAAAA